UUAGCCGUUAGCAUCAGAGCCGGACAACAGGAGGAGAACCCGUAGAAACGAAGGGGAAAAACACGGUUAGGAGGACAAAAUGUGUCCGGGGCAGGACGUCAGAGGACCGCGGUGACCAGACAGCGAGUCUCGCGCCGCACACAUCUGCUUCCAGAGGACCAUGCAAUCAUCCCUCGCUCAUCCCCACUGUUAGCGACUCACUGAUCCAGGAUGGGGUUUGGUCGGGACCUGAGAAAUUCCCACGAGGGAUUACUGAAGCUGCAGGACUGGGAGUUAAAGCUGCUGGACACGGUGAAGCGCUUCAUGACGCUGCGAGUGAAAAGUGAUAAGGAAUAUGCUGCCCUGCUGCUCAGCAUGACUCAGCAAACAGAGAAACAGGAAGCUGUUGAUUAUGUCAGCACCGUCAGCAAGUCAUGGUCGCAGGUGAUUCGUCAGACAGAGGCUUUGAGCCGAGUCAUGAGGAGCCACGCAGAUAACCUGAACUCGGGUCCACUUCACCGUCUGGCUACGCUGAUCCGAGACAAGCAGCAGGUGAAGAAGAGCUACCAGAGUCUUCAUCAGCAGCUGGAGAGCCACAAUUGCAAGGUAACCAGAAAUGACUUAGAGAAGCUGAAGGUGACGUACCGUCAGCUGAGCCGUGACGCAAAUGUUGCCAAAGAGAAGUACAGAGACUCGUUGGCCAAAGGCAGGGAGGCUGAGCGUUCCCGGGACCGCUACGACAAAGCCACAGCGAAGCUUCAUAACCUUCAUAAUCAGUAUGUGUUGGCGGUCUGCGGCGCUCAGACGCUGCAGGACGAACACCGACGGCAGGCGGCGCCCGCGCUGCUGGAUGCGCUGCAGAGGAUGCAGGAGGACAUGACGCUGGCCCUUAAAAGUAUUCUGGAGGAGUACUGUGAGAUCAGCAGUCUCCUGACGGAGGAGAUCGUGAAGGUUCAUCAGGAGAUCUCAGCAGCCGUUCAGCAGAUCGAUCCUCCGACGGAGUACCAGCAUUUCAUCGACACUUACAGGUCUCCAGACAUCCCCGAGGCGAGUGUGGAGUUUGACGUCUCCUUAUUGGAGGAGACAGACAAUCUUCCAGCCAAUGAGAUUCUGUGGAACACGCUGACAGCCGACAGCCUUCAGGCCACGUUGUCGUCGGCGACGGAAGAACUGGCCCUGACUCAGCAGAAUCUGCAGACAAAGGAAGCGUUGGCCAAUGACCUGGACGCCAAAAUUCAGACAAGCAUGCAGAGCGCAGAGAAGAAGAGCGACUGCGUCCUGCUCCUCAGUCAGAAACUCUCACUCCUGGAACUUCGUCACACCGUCCAAUCACUGCGUGGCUCUGAAGCCCGCCUCCUCUCCCAGAAGGCCCUGUUGGAUUCAAAGAUGGCCACUGCGGUGGCGUCCCCUCCCCCACCCCCUGCUCCACCUGCACUGCAGUACGAAGAUGACGCCCGCUCCGUCAGCUCCACCGACAAAGUGAAAGAGAGGAGCUCUCGCUUCGACACUCUGCGACAUUCUCUGGCCGGCAUGAUCCGAUCUCCCAAAGCCAUGCUAGCCUCCUCCACCUCGCAGUUCUUCGAUGUCAUCCCCACAUCAGAGCGUCCCCUGGCGGACCAGGAGUGGUACCAUGGCGCCAUCCCCCGCACUGAGGCUCAGGAGUUACUACGGCAACAGGGUGACUUCCUGGUCAGGGAGAGCCAUGGUAAACCUGGGGAGUAUGUCCUGUCAGUGUUUUCUGACGAUCAGAGAAGGCACUUCAUCAUCCAGUAUGCUGAUAGUCAGUAUCGUUUUGAAGGGACCGGCUUCUCCACCAUCCCUCAGCUCAUCGAGCAUCACUUCUCCACCAAGCAGGUCAUCACCAAGAAGUCUGGAGUGGUGCUGCUCAACCCCGUUGUCAAGGACAAGAAAUGGAUCCUGAACCACGAGGACGUGGUACUGGGCGAACUGUUGGGAAAGGGUAACUUCGGUGAGGUGUUCAAAGGGACGCUGCAGCGGGACAAAACCCCGGUCGCCGUCAAGACGUGUAAAGAAGACUUACCUUCAGAGCUGAAGAUUCGCUUCCUGUCUGAGGCCAGGAUCCUUAAGCACUACGACCAUCCAAACAUUGUGAAGCUGAUUGGUGUUUGCACACAGCGACAGCCCAUCUACAUCGUCAUGGAGCUGGUUCCUGGUGGAGACUUCCUUUCAUUUCUGAGGAAGAAGAAGGAUGAACUGAAGACGAAGCAGCUGGUACGCUUCGCUGUCGACGCUGCGGCAGGAAUGGCGUACCUUGAGAGUAAAAACUGCAUCCACAGGGACCUGGCGGCGAGGAACUGUCUGGUUGGAGACGGCAGCGUGUUGAAGAUCAGCGACUUCGGGAUGAGUCGACAGGAAGAUGACGGCGUUUACUCUUCAUCUGGACUCAAACAGAUUCCCAUCAAGUGGACUGCACCUGAGGCCCUCAACUACGGUCGUUACAGCUCAGAGAGUGAUGUGUGGAGUUUUGGAAUCCUGCUGUGGGAAACCUUCAGUCUGGGGGUGUGUCCUUAUCCAGGGAUGACCAAUCAGCAGGCCCGGGAGCAGGUGGAGAAGGGUUACAGGAUGGUGUGUCCUCAGCGUUGCCCUGACGACAUAUACAGAGUGAUGCAACGCUGCUGGCAGUAUAACCCGGAGGACCGUCCCAAAUUCUUGGAUCUGCAGCGAGACCUCGCCGCCAUGAAGAAGAAGUGAAGAUGGGAGGCCACGCCCUCUGGUUGUUUGGAAUGGGCGUGGCCAGAAUUUAUUCAGUAUGUACAGUGUUCCAGACAGGAAGUGAUGUCACAGGUGUAGUUUUUCCCUCUGAGCUUUCUGUCAGGUGUUGCAGAGGUGUGCACCUGAGAGUGCACAGCUUGCUGUUAUCUCACCUGGUGGUUGGAGAAGGUGAUGCACCCGAACCUGUGCACAGCAAAUCAGUCUUCCUGUCGCAUGACCAGAAAACAUUUAAAAAAUGUAAACAAACACUAAACAAACGCCACAUGAAAACAACACCAAUGUGGUAAACAAACAAUAAAUGAAAACAAACAGUAAACAAACACUAAAUGUAAACAAAAACCAAGGUGGUAAACAAGCAGUAAACAAAUACCAAGGUGGUAAACAAUCAAUAAAUGUAAACAGUAAACAAACACCAAGGUGGUAAACAAACAAUAAAUGAAAACAAACAGUAAACAAACACUAAAUGUAAACAAAAACCAAGGUGGUAAACAAGCAGUAAACAAAUACCAAGGUGGUAAACAAUCAAUAAAUGUAAACAGUAAACAAACACCAAGGUGGUAAACAAACAAUAAAUGUAAACAAACAGUAAACAAACACUAAAUGGAAACAAACACCAAGGUGGUAAACAAGCAGUAUAGCUGUAAACGUCUGAAAGCAUUUAAAACUUUUUAUUUAUUGUAAAGAAAAAACAAAAACCAGCUGAAACCUUUUUAGGAAGUGAAGCGUUAAGCCAUAUUACGUGGUAACCACGGUAACAACGUAUCCACUGAGAACCAAUCAGCUCUUAACACUGUUUAUUUUAUUAUUUUUUUUUUACUUUUAUUUAUUUAUUCAUUUCUUGUUUUCUGAGGGAACAUUCAGCUGUCAAUCAUCAGGCCACGCCCACUUUUCCAGCCAAUCAGAUUUUAACCAGAUUACUCUGGAGAAAAUCAGGUGUUAUAGAAAACACCUCCUGGUUGUCAUGGUAACUGAAAUAAUUUAUAAUUCAUGUGUAUUCUUUUCAAAUGUUAUUGUCGUCCCCGAUUGGUCAGGAGCAUGUUGUGGACUCCAGGGGCGGAGCCCAAACGCUGAUGUCAAAGCGCCGCCUGCUGACUGUAAAUAAACACUAAUCGUCUUUUGUAUUUGUUUACACUUGUAUGUAAAAAUCAUUUAUGAAAAUAAAUCCUGUAAACUGUC